AAUGCGGCUGCCCCAGCACCACUCCCCAUCCCACUGGUGAAGCCAGAGGAGCUAAGGUGACAUGAAGACCGUGGGGCUGAGCCUGGGCCUGGCCCUGCUCUGCUUGCUGCACGUGGAGGCCGAGGACCUCGGGGCUGGGGAGUUGGACACGAACAAGAUUGCAGGGAAAUGGUACAUCACUGCUAUGGCCUCCGACUCCGAGAGCUACCUCCAAAGGAAGGACCAGCUGAAGAUGGCGAUGGCCAGCAUCAAGGUCCUGGGGAAGGACCUGAACAUCUCCUUUGCAAUUCCCACCCCAGGGAGAUGUAUGAAGUUUGAGUCGAUCUACAAGCCAACAGCAAUCUCGGGUGAAUACUACAGCUCUGACAGAGGCAAUAAGACAGUACAGCUGGUGGAUACCGAUGGCAGGACCUACAUGAUUAUCUUUGCCACCAGAGAGAAGGAGGGGAAGAUCUUGCACAUGCUGAGACUCUACAGCAGAACCCGGUGGGUGAGACCCAGAAUCGUAGAGCUGUUCAAGACGUUUGCCAAGAUGGAGGGUUUCACUGACGAGAUGAUCUGGAUACUACCCAGGCAGGACGAAUGCAGACUUGAUGGACCAUAGGUGAGUUGCUGCUCGUGGAUGCUCCUCCCAAGCAAUGCAAGACCCACACUUUGAAGCUCCAGGCUGCUGCUCCACCAGCCCUCUUCCAAGCUCCGUGGUCAAGGCUUUGACACAACCCCUGCUCCUCCAGCACACAGUCCCUGCUUUUUGCCAAAUAAAGAGAAACUUAACCCAGA